ACCAGUUCAUUUUAUUUACAAUCUCAAAAGGCUUUCAUACUUCCUUACGAACCUGUAUUUCCAAGUUCUGCAACCCUUGGAAUAUUACUUCAUCCAAAUUCCUUGCAAAGCGGAGAAAAAUGGCAGCAGCUUUGAUCGGAGAGGCUCUCAUCUCUGCUUCUAUCGAGGUGCUGUGUGACAGAAUUACUUCAGCCGAGUUCAUCGACUUAUUUCGGCAGAAGAAACUCGACGAACCACUCCUCAUGAACUUGAAGACGACACUGUUGACUUUGUUCGUGGUGCUCAAUGAUGCAGAGGAGAAGCAAAUUGUGAACCCUGCUGUGAGAGAGUGGCUUAACGAGCUCAAGCAUGCUGUCUUUGAUGCAGAGGACUUACUGGAUGAGAUCGACACUGAAGCUUUGCGAUGCAAGCUGGAAGGAGUCAGCCACACAGAAUAAGAAACUACGGAUGGGAGCCAACUUAUUUCAUACUAUUUUAAAAUCCCUUUCUUUCUCAACAAUGGAGGAAUUUAUA